CCCAACAGCGCACGUAUGUCAAGUAACGUGCCUGGAGCUACGCGAUUCUGGCCGCCUUAUCAAUGCUGCGGCACAGGAAAAAGUUGUGGAUGUUUCAACGCUCUGCAGCCUGGCGUGCCCCAGCGCAAACGCAGGGAUGUGUCAGCCCGGGUGGCUUUGCCAAGCACGAGUGACAGCUCGGGGCCAGGCUGGCGGGUGGCUUGCCUUAGGUACAACUUGCUGCCUCGUGGUGCGACGGGCUGGCAAGGUUUGAUUGCAUAUGGAUGUCAUUCUCUUGUGCUGAUAGUUGAUGCCAAUACUGCUCAGACUUUACAGGUUUUGGAAAGACACAAAGCUAGUGUUGUCAAGGUUAAAUGGGCUAAAGAAAAUUACCAUCACAAUAUUGGCUCUCCAUAUUCUUUACGUUUAGCUUCUGCUGAUGUUACUGGAAAAAUAAUUGUAUGGGAUGUGGCAACAGGAACAGCUCGUUGUGAAAUACAAGAACAUGCAAAACCAAUUCAAGAUAUGCAGUGGUUGUGGAAUCAAGAUGCUUCUAGAGAUUUACUGCUUGCAGUUCACCCACCUAACUAUAUUGUGCUGUGGAAUGCAGACACGGGCACCAAACUUUGGAAGAAAAGUUAUGCUGAAAAUAUCCUGUCUUUUUCAUUUGACCCCUUCGAUCCAUCACACUUAGCUUUGCUCACCAGUGAAGGAAUAGUCUUCAUCUCUGACUUCUCUCCUUCCAAAGCUCCUGCCAGCUCAGGGAAGAAAGUUUACAUCUCUAGUCCCCAUUCCAGUCCUUCUCACAAGUUGGCUGCUGCUACGGGGGCCAAAAAGGCCCUCGAUAAAGUAAAAAUCUUAAUCAGUAAUGAAAAACCAAGUGCUGAAUCUGUAACGCUCAAUGACUGUCUUCAGUUGUCAUAUUUGCCUUCCAAAAGAAACUACAUGCUGUUAUUGUAUCCCAGAGAAAUUUUGAUUCUUGACUUGGAAGUGAAUCAGACAGUGGGUGUGAUUGCAAUUGAAAGAACAGGUGUGCCUUUCUUACAGGUAAUUCCUUGUUUUCAGCGUGAUGGGUUAUUUUGCCUACAUGAAAAUGGUUGUAUAACUUUAAGAGUUCGCAGAUCUAACUGCAGUAUAACUGGAACUCCAAAUGAAGAGCCAGAUCCAGACCCAGUUCAAGAGUUGAUUUACGAUUUAAGAAGUCAGUGUGAUGCAAUCAGGGUAACAAAAACGGUUCGACCCUUCAGUAUGGUGUGUUGCCCAGUGAAUGAGAAUUCUGCAGCUCUCAUAGUCAGUGAUGGCAGGGUAAUGAUCUGGGAAUUAAAAUCCAGUAUUUCUGGCAGAAAUGUGCGUAACAGCAGUUCAAGUGCAUCACCUUUGUAUUCCCCAGUCUCAUUCUGUGGAAUUCCUGUAGGAGCAUUCCAAAAUAAACUUCCAGACCUCUCAUUAGACAACAUGAUUGCAGGGCAAGGCACAAAUGCUGGAGAAGAACAGUUAAAGAGUUCUUUUCUGCAAGAAGUGCACCUCAAAUUUCUGCUGACUGGACUUCUUUCAGGACUUCCUUUGCCUCCGUUUGCUAUCCGCAUGUGCCCACCUCUUACAACAAGAAACAUUAAACAGUAUGAGCCAAUCCUUGCUGUUGGUACAAGUAAUGGCUCUGUCCUGGUGUUUCAUCUUACAAGUGGACUCUUACACAAGGAGUUAAGCAUCCAUUCCUGUGAAGUCAAGGGAAUUGAGUGGAUAAGCUUGACUGGGUUUAUUUCCUUUGCCACAUCAACACCUAACAAUCUGGGGCUAGUAAGGAAUGAGCUGCAGCUGGUGGACCUACCAACAGGCAGGAGCAUUGCAUUUCGUGGGGAGCGAGGCAAUGAUGAGCCAGCUAUUGAAAUGAUAAAGGUGUCUCAUUUGAAGCAGUAUCUAGCUGUAGUAUUUAAAGACAAACCACUGGAGAUCUGGGAUGUCAGAACAUGCACUCUGCUCAGAGAAAUGUCUAAAAACUUCCCUACAGCAACUGCUUUGGAGUGGUCACCUUCUCAUAACUUAAAAAGCCUGAGGAAGAAGCAGCUAGCAGCCCGAGAGGCCAUGGCACGGCAGACGGUUGCAUCAGAUACUGAAGUUAGCAGCGUAGAAUCUUCUGUGAUCAGCUUGUUACAGGAAGCUGAAAGUAAAUCAGAGCUGAGCCAGAACAUUUCUGCCAGAGAGCACUUUGUGUUUACAGGUGCUGAUGGGCAGGUUUAUCAUCUCACAGUAGAAGGAAACUCAGUAAAGGACAGUGCAAGAAUUCCUCCUGAUGGAAGUAUGGGUAGCAUUACAUGUAUUGCCUGGAAAGGGGAUAUCCUGGUUCUUGGAGAUGUUGAUGGAAACUUAAACUUCUGGGAUUUGAAAGCUAGAGUAUCCAGGGGGAUUCCUACACACCGAAGCUGGGUGAAAAAGAUACGUUUUGCCCCAGGGAAAGGAAAUCAAAAACUUCUUGCAAUGUACAACGAUGGAGCAGAAAUUUGGGAUUCAAAAGAGGUACAAAUGGUGAGCAGUUUAAGAAGUGGAAGAAACGUCAAUUUCCGAAUCCUGGAUGUGGACUGGUGCACUUCAGACAAAGUGGUCUUGGCAUCAGAUGAUGGGUGCAUUAGAGUUUUAGACUUGUCCAUGAAACCGUCAUGUUUUAGAAUGGAUGAACAGGACUUAAUAGAGCCUGCAUGGUGUCCCUAUCUGCUUGUUCCAAGGGCUUCAUUAGCUUUGAAAGCAUUCUUGUUGCAUCAGCCAUGGAACGAGAAAUAUUCUUUAGAUAUUAUGAACAUUGAUUAUCCGGAGAAUGAAAAUAUUAAAAACCUUCUUCAAGAGCAGUUGAAUUCAUUGUCCAAUGACAUAAAGAAACUUUUUCUUGAUCCGGAUUUUACUUUCUUGCAAAGAUGUCUCCUAGUUGCCAGACUGUAUGGGGAUGAAUCUGAGCUGCAUUUCUGGACAAUUGCUGCCCACUAUUUGCACAGCUUAUCCCAGGAAAAGCCUGCAAAACCAACAGACGCAGCUAUCCUUCAAGAGCAGUUGGUUAAUCCCUUGGAUAUAUGCUAUGACAUACUGUGUGAAAAUUACUACUUCCAGAAAUUCCAACUUGAAAGGGUAAAUCUCCAGGAAGUGAAGAGAUCAACGUAUGAUCAUACCAGGAAAUGUGCUGAUCAACUUCUUCUUUUGGGCCAGACUGACAGAGCAGUACAACUACUGUUAGAAACAAGUUCAGAGAAUGCACAUUAUUACUGCGAUUCACUCAAAGCUUGCUUGGUCACAACUGUCACCUCAUCGGGUCCAUCUCAAAGUACCAUUAAACUGGUAGCAACCAACAUGAUAGCCAAUGGAAAGCUUGCAGAAGGUGUACAGUUACUGUGUCUGAUCGAUAAGGCUGCUGAUGCUUGUCGCUACUUGCAAACUUAUGGUGAAUGGAAUCGUGCAGCAUGGCUUGCAAAGGUUCGUUUGAACUCAGAGGAGUGUGCUGAUGUGUUAAAGCGUUGGGUAGACCACCUUUGCUCUCCACAAGUCAACCAGAAGUCCAAAGCCAUUCUUGUCCUCUUGUCACUUGGAUGCUUUACAAAAGUUGCAGAGAUGUUGCAUAGUAUGAGGUACUUUGAUCGAGCGGCUUUAUUUGUCGAAGCUUGUCUGAAUUAUGGGGCAUUUGAAGUUAACGACGAUACAAAUAAGUUGAUCCAUGCUGUAUACGCAGAUUAUGCCAGAAGCUUGAAGCUCCUGGGCUUUAAACAGGGAGCUAUUCUUUUUGCCUCAAAAGCAGGAGAAACUGGUAAAGAGUUACUGACUGAGCUCAAACAGCCUAAAGAGGAAGUGAUACAAGAGUAAGAAUUUUAUGAUUAUGAGGAGAUUUAGGUUGUCUAUCAGACUGAGAUUCCACUGUGUGAAAAUACGUUUUUGUUUUGAAUCGCUGUAAUAGCUGGUAUGUGUGAUUUGAGCAAAUAUUGUUAAAUGUGUGUGGAGGCAAGAUUAAGAACUGGUUUAUGUUUAUUUUUAUGUUAAAAUUGUCUUCACUUUCAUGAGAGGGGGAAAGAAGCCUAUGACAAUAUUACACAAGAAUGUUUCCAACUUUUUCAACUACAGAAGAAAUCAAAUUUAAAAAUGUGCUGAAAGAGUUCUAUACCUGUGUAAAAGUCUACUCCAUUUACUUUUAAAAAUGAAAUCUUUAUAGUUCUUCACUACUGUUGUAUUUAUAUGUAUAAACGAUUCAAUCUGUACUAUAAAAAUAUAAAUAUAUUUAAAGAAUAAAUAGAGAUCACAAAACACACAGUUCUUUCCUGGAACAUUGUGUUUUCUCAAUCCAAUUUCUCUGUUUAAAAUUACUGUUAUUUUAAAUCAGUUCACUGUAUUGUCAUUUUCAUAACUGUCUGGAAUGGAAUCUUUAACAGGUUUACUUACGAAAGUCUCCUAACAUUCCAAAAAAUCCAUGAAACGUCCUUUUUUUCAAUUAAGGUAUUGUUAUAUUCCAUGUUAUUCUUAAGCGUGCACUCCCUGCACACCUUAGGGACUAAAUUCUGCCUUGUGUUGACUGGUUCAUGGGAUCAAAGGAUGAGAGAAGAUCCUACCUCAAAAGCAGCAAGGUAGGCUCCUGGAAGAAUAUUCAGGAGACUGCUAACGCUAUCUCCACAGUUAUUGUCUUGUUUGUUAUUUGAAUGUGUGAUUAACAAUAGGUAAAAAACCCCCCAACAUUGUGCAAAGCCAAAAUGCUGGCUUUUUAAUUAGAUACUUUUUAUGCUAACACAUCUUAUGGUCUAGAUACUUAAGGAUGCCACCAGUCACAUCUUUUCUCAUUUUUGUGCCAGUAUUUCAGUAUUUAAGUACUUGUUUUCAUUAUUGUUUCUUAUGUCAGAUAUAUCUUUUCUAUUUAUUACUGAUUGACUGAGCAAUUUUACAGCCAAGGAGUGGAUGCUGAUGUUAAAUUGCCAUUGCAAAUUGAUGACUGUGGCAUGUGAAGAUCAGUCUUGGCUAAAAAAAAAAAAAAAAAAAAUAUUCUUUUUACAAAGUUUUUGGAGCUACUGAAGUUUAGUACGCAGUAGUGAAAACAGUCAUAUCAUGUAAAAGGUCUCUCAUUUGAAUCUAAUUUGUGGCUUGUCUACAUUCUCCUUAUGUUCGAGUAUUUGUGGAUACGUAUUCUGCACUCCUUCCUAGAGGAGCACCAGCUUCGGGACAUCUCUAACUCCAUAAAACUUUUGGUUCAAAUCUAAAAUACCAUUUCUGAUAGAAUUUGAAAGGUUAGGCUUUUCAAUAAUGAUGUUUUUUAUACAAACUGAAAAUGUGAGUUUCAUCGUCCUAAAUAGAAAAAGUGUUUUAACUGCAGUGUAUCUUAAUUCUUCUCGCCACAUUGUACAUACACCACAAAAUACUUUCUGUUCAAUGUAUUAUGAAGAGUGCUUAUAUAGUUACUUUAGCUUGGGAAGACAAGUAUACAAUGAAAUUUGCCGUAAGUAUUAAUUGGUGAGCAGCAGAGUUGAGCAAAAUUAACUUGUCGUUAACAAUGGCCUAAAUUCUGGGUCACACUGACUACUACAACAUUCCUCAAUUCCUACUCUUGUGUUUAGUAGCAGUACUCAUGCACAAGGUUACUAUAGAGUUAAUGUCAGCACAUGCAAACUUGUUCUUAGAAUUGUUUGUCAAUGGGUCUCUGGAAAAAAAUCUGCUUUAAUAUACACUUGGAUUUAUAAAUCUAAUGUUUUUAAAAGAAACACAUUGCAAAGGCCUUUUAAUACUGUGUGUUUCUAUAAACUUUUUAAGUGUGAAAGUUGCAGAAUACUGUGUGGCAUUCCCAAGUGAAACCUUUAUGAUGAAAAUAGAGUGUAAAAGUGAUUGAAAAGUUUAUUUAGAUAAUAAUGCAGUGACACUACAAUAAUAAAAACAAACUUUUAAAA